AUGUCUGGUUUUGAUCUGACAAGACAGGACAUGGAGUCUACAGAGCCUGAGACAGACUGCAUCAUUCCACGGAUAAAACUGAGAGACGAAGUGUUUGUCUAUAUUGAUGGUAAAUGGGUGAAAGAGAUCUACUGCCAGCCACCCUUGGCUACUCACUGGGAACUCUGUAGCAAGAAGGCACAGAAUGACUGGAGCGUCUGGGAGGAGAACAAAGCGCUCCGGGAGGAAAACCGCGUCCUCCAAAUUCAAAACAGGAUGCUCUGGGAAGAAAACAAGGCUCUACAAUGUCUCCAGUCACAGAAUGAAGCUGUCCAGGUUACUUACACUGAUGUCAUUCACCAAAGCCUCCAGAAAGAAAAUAAGCCAUUCCCAUUCUUCCAAGAGAGGAACUUAGGCUUUCAGGUCAAUCCAGGCAACAAAGCUCUUCAGGCAGUCCAGGAAUAUAACAGAGUCUUGGAGGAUUUCCAACAGGAGACUAAACCAGCCCCCACCAUCUGGAAAGAACAAGAAGCUAUCACGGUCUGUGAAGAAAGCAAAGAUGCCAACUCAGAUCUUCAGGAGGACACUGAUGCCAGCACAGAUGUGGAAGAAGACAAGCCUGGCCCAGCUGCCCUGUAUAAACAUGAAGCUAAAAAGAAAAACAGUACUUCAACCCAGAAUAAGACCAAGUCUGCCUCAAGCAAGCAGGGUGAGUAUGAAAUCAUCCAGGUGCUCCGGGACUUAUACGAAUUGCUCCACAUCUUCCUGAAAGUGAACCAUCUCCCUGGGAACAAACAGGACUGUAACACUCUCCACAAUGUGAAGAGAUCCUUCCAAGAAGAUCACAAAAAACUGAAGCUGCAGCUGAAUGCUGUGAAAAACACCGUGUCAGACAUAAAGGCUCAAAUGGAAACGCUGGAAAAGGAGCUCAUUGCCAUCACUUCUCCAGUGUACAAAGAAGCAGAACAUAAGCUGGCAACCGAGUAUUAG